AUGGAAUGGCUGGGGAUCGAACCCUGGUCACCUAGCCUGCCAAAGGGGAAGCAAGCCACCAAGGGGCAGAAACAGAUCCUUCAAGAGAAUGCAGAGACAUUGAAGUUCUACCGAAACAUGAUUAUUGGUUCAAACAGCAUCUACCUCUUCACUAAUUGCCUUCUUAGGAGUACCUUCCCUACUGGCGAGUUGGUGUUGUUCAUACUGGCAGCAGCAGUGUUCAUUGGUAGCUACCAGUUCAUGUCUUACAUGGCAAAGCCAACAUAUGGCCAGAGUGGGGCCCUCGUUGAUGGUGGGGUUGACCUCAACCUCGAAGCAGGGAUUGCUGAGCAUGUGAAGGACCUGGUGAUCUUGACAUCAGCCUGCCAAGUCUUGUCUUUGGCAUCCCUCUAUGUCUGGCUAUUGUGGCUCCUGGGCCCAGCCAGAGGAUUUUACCUGCUUUGGAAGAACUUACUUGCACCUUGGAUCUUCCAGCCAGCUCCAGAAAACCAAAAUGAAGAGAAGAAACAACGCAAGAUGGAAAGAAGGCUUGCUCAUGCCAGGCAUUGAUCAUCAUCUGUAUCCUUCUUGUAUUGAUUGAAGGAAUGACCGAAAAACAUUUUUAUACACUUGAUGAUGAAUAAUAUAUGCAAUCAAUGAUGC